CCAACAACGGUGUUUUUCUAAGCGAGUGCACAGUGGACUGCAGCCAUUUCUGUCAUCGGUCUGUAUCCUGUUCUAGUCUACGUGGUUGAGUGUGUCCCGUCUGUAACGCGAGCUCAGGAGGAGCAACAACUCGGAUCUCCCUCUCGUUUCCUCGGCUGAACCUCGUCGGGAUGGACCCAGCAAGCCGAUACCAAGUGCUGCACAAUGAGGAUGACGCCUCGGAGGCCUCCACCAGCGAGCAGCAGCCGUGCACUUCUGCCACAGCCGGUACAUCCACCCAGGACCAGAGCCAGGCCGAAUACAGCCAGGCGGCAGCGGGGGAGGCGUCGGGGUCAAGCACUCAGGGGGAGGCAGAUGCACCUCCGCCUCCUUACGCCUCCAUCGACCUGGGAGCAGCUGCUGCAGCGCCAGAGACAAGUUACCGCGGCGACUUCCCGGUCCCACCGCCCUACAGCGUCGCCACCUCGCUGCCCACGUAUGACGAAGCGGAGAAGGCCAAAGCGGCCUCCUUGGCGACCUCCGCUGUGGAUGUGAUGCCACGGGAUGAUGAAUUCCCUCCCAGAGAUGAUUUCAGUGACGCCGAUCAGCUUCGAGUUGGCAACGACGGAAUCUUCAUGUUGGCCUUUUUCAUGGCCUUCCUGUUCAACUGGAUCGGGUUCAUCCUGUCCUUCUGUCUGACCAACACCAUCGCGGGACGCUACGGCGCCAUCUGCGGCUUCGGCCUUUCCCUCAUCAAGUGGAUUCUUAUCGUCAGGUUCUCAGACUACUUCACUGGUUACUUCAAUGGCCAAUACUGGCUGUGGUGGAUCUUCCUGUUGCUUGGCAUCCUGCUGUUCCUCAGGGGUUUCGUGAACUAUCUCAAAGUCCGUAACAUGUCAGAGACUAUGGCCACGUCUCACAGAACGCGCCUCUUCUUCCUCUACUAAACGAUAACGUUUCUACUGCAUCGCCAUUCCUUACCGACGUGAAGUUCCCUCACUCCCCCCCUCGAAUGACCUCAGCGACGAGUCCUUGCAGCGAAAACAGAGGAGACGGGGAAGGAACGAAGGAGAUACGUAGGGAGAAAAGUGUUACCGUUCUCAUUAAAAGCAUAACGCGGCUCACUCUGAACUUCUAAACCGCGCCCGAAAAAUUAAGUCUUUGAUGAUCAGAUCUCUUCCCUGGCUUUGGUUUUCAUUUCUUUUCACUUCCCUUUGAGUCAAAGCUCUUAACAGUUUGAAGAAGCAGUCCCGCGUAUGUAUCGUGUCUCUGAAGCUUUUGAGGUACGUAACCUGAGUUAACCGAGGCAAAUUCAGCCGACGGUUAGGAGCCGCGGGAACAUUAAAUGAAAGCACAAUGAAGCGAAAAUGAAGGAAACACAAACGAUACUCAACAAGACAUCAGUGUUAUCAUGAAUGAAUGAAAAUCUCAUCUAUAAACAUUUGGAAUUUUAAAAAAUAGAAGAAAUUGGCAGGAAGUGAAACCUACUCCUCUGGUAUUCAAAUCUCGCCUCCAGCUUUUCAUCCUGUUUGACCUGUUAAACUCCACAAUGUGUCUCCGAGCGGUUUCUUUUUUGUAGCGCUAGCUUCGCCAUUCCACAUUCUGCAAGUCGAGGGUGUUUUGAACGAGUCUUACUGUUAACCGUGAUGUAGCAUUUCUGCACCCUUUACUUCGACUUCCGCUGACAGCGUGCGGCCUAACGUCUCAGCCUCUCUAUCUACCCCUCAGAAUAGUCUGGAAGCCCAGAGGGAAGAUGGACGAUUUUCAUCUCAAAGUGUGAGGAACAACAGACACGUAUUGAUCACUUUACAUAUCACAGACCCCGAUGCUCUGUGUGCACGCCCUCAGACUCGCCCAAGCUUAUUUACUCGACUGUAUCCAGACGAAGGACAGAAAAAAAACCUAUGAACGGUCACUCUUUCUUAACCAGUCCAGUUAAAUGGAGCUAUGACCUUUGACAUUUGGGACUUUUGAACUAGCUGAGGCAACACAUUUUCAUCAUUUUAAAAUAAAACUCUUUGGAGUGAAAGAGUCGGAUGCAAUCGAGUUGUUUGUAACGACCUACACUAGUCGUGAAGUCCUGUGAUCAUGGAUUAGGUGUAUCAGUAAUAAGAGUUCACAGUGUGUGUACCGUGCACACUUGCCAACAAAGCUAUUUUAAUCAGCAGUAAAUCAGAGGGAAAUGCAAGAAAAGCUCUUAAAAUGCAGCGAUGGGAGUCGGCAGUAAACGGAGCCUGACUGGACAAAGGACAACACGCUUUGUUUGAUUCUUCUUUUUGUCAUCCGCAACAUGAAAUGUACAUACCAGCUCAUGCCAACUCAUUUUAUUUGCACUUUGAAGAACUUCUGUUGAGUAUGAUUUGUGAAUCUGCUUAACGAAGGAAAACGCAGUUAUCUUAGCUAUCCAAGUUUUACAACUGGAAUUCUUAAUCAUCCCAAAUAGACAAUUUGCACUUUUUUUUUUUUUUUUUUUUUUUUUUCCCCCUCUUAAGAGAUAAGGUGGUUAUUGUGUCUUGUUUCAUCGCUUUAGCAUAAACUGUUGACAGCUUCAGUAUUGUUCAACAUUAUUUUCUCUUGCCUCUGCUCAUAUCUAACUAAAAAGCCUCUUUCAACAAUAUCAAGGUGUGUCAAUGAAUUAGAGCUCAGCUGCAUGAUGUAUCCCCCUGAAUGAGGGGGGGGUAAUGUCAGGAUUAAUCUAGUAUGACAUUUCUUUCUUUGUAAAUAAAUGAGACGGCAUCCAAACUGUUUUUUUGUUUGAUCCUCGUAACGUCUGUUCUGGAUUUAUUGUAACUGGAAUUAAAAUGACUUGGAUUUCUUGCAAAAAAUGCCAAUAAAGUUCAAAAGCCUGUCAGUGAA